AUGACACCUACUACAUUAACAUUACCAAAUGAUUUUGUUUUUGAUAAUAUAGAAAACUGGGUCUUGACACCUCUACCUUCAACUGUGCCAAAGGAUAAUUAUAAAAUUGAAAUCCAUAAAGAUGAUUUAAACCUUCCUAUAACAUACUUUGACAAUAAGAAUUUUUCAUAUAUAGCACAACAAGCUUCUAAUUUAUCUGGAUCAUUUUCUAAAGAUGAAAAAACUAUAACAUUAGCAGAACUU